CAUCGACUACAUGUGACUAACCAUAUCUCAGUUAUGGUCCACCAACCAAUGUAUUCCCACAACGUAACCAACCCAAUCAACGAGCUAACAUGCAUUCAUAGUGACAAGGCUUGAAGAUUGAUCAAAGACAGGACCAACGGACGGUACCACCAGCUAGUCGUCUGCAAGGCGCCAGAAGUUUCUAGAGAACGAAAGAUCUGUUUGGAAUCUCAUUCUUUCUGUUUGAUUUGGGAGUGUUUGGGUAUCCUGUUGCAUGUGUUAGAAGUUUCCACGGUACAGAAGUUGGCGCCUCCGAACGGAUCUCUCUUUCUCUGGAAAACCCGACAAGGAUCCAUUCAACGCCCUUCAUUCAUUCAUUUUCCCUCCCUUUCUCCAAAGAAAGAUUGAGCAAUCUAUUCACUAAUUUGCAGGCAGAGGAGUAUUUGUGAACCAUGCCGGCCCUGGUGUUGACCCCGACGCCCUUGGAAGAUGCGCUGUUGACGCUGGUGGAUCCCAUCGAAGUGACAGAUCGGCUAAAGGUAAUGCGACAACAAGAGAGUGGAACGUAUCGAGUCUUUGAUUAUCUCAAGAAACACGGCGAACUGCUCAAGCGCGUCAACAAACCCAUUGAUGAAGAUUGCCGCGUCAAAAUGUGCGAGUGGUGUUAUCAGGUGGUGGACUUUUGUAAAUUUCGUCGCGAGACAGUCUCGAUUGGCAUGUCGUAUUUGGAUCGCUACUUGUGCUCGCGUCCCGGUCGUUCGGCGUUGGCCAAUCGCAAGGAAUACCAAUUAACGGCCAUGACGGCACUCUACAUUGCCAUUAAAAUUCACGAACCUUUGGAAAUGGAAACGGCCCUAUUGGCCGACUUGUCGCGCGGAUGUUAUGAAGAAAUGGAAUUUGUCCACAAGGAAGAAGAGUUAUUGCAGGCGCUCAAAUGGAGGGUCGGUGGACCCACGGCGUUGGGGUUUAUUCAACACUACUUGGCAUUGCUACCAGACACGGUACAUCCCGCCGUGGCGGAAGCCAUGAUGGAUUAUGCCCGCUACCAAACGGAAUUGGCCAUUUCGGAACACUCGUUGGUGGAUAUCCAUCCGUCGGAAAUUGGAUUGGCGGCACUCUUGAAUGCCAUGGAAGGCAUGGACGUUUCACUGCUGUCCCCAAAAGCACAAGCCAAGUUUGUACGAACCCUCGAAAAAGUGUCGGGAUGUCAGGUCGAAGACGUGGCCGUCAUUCAAUCCACACUCUCCAUGCUCUUGUGCAAUUUGGUCAAGAAUGACGAUCAAGUACUCGAUGCCUGUGAAGAGACAGACUUGGAACGAGAGUAUCAAACUAGGUCCAGUCCCUCCAAACAUCGACAAUCGCCCGUUUCCGUCACGCGAAAACAACAAUAGAAUCAGGGGAACAUACUCACUUUUUUUUGUAAGAACAGUAUUAUUUAAUAGAUUGUUUAUACUAUC